AUGUACCUCAUCGAUUAUUUUCUUGAACCUCAGCCUCUACAAAUUGAGCAUUUCUUUGAGGCUGUUCGCAUAUAUUUCGUAGUCCGUACCAAGACAGGCGCUUGUGAACUAGCUCUCGGCCUCGGAUUUGCGGAAAGGGGGAGAGUGGGCGGGGAGGACCGGAACGGGAGCCGGCGAAGCGACGUGCUUCACAGCCCGAUGUGGUCCCCACAAAGCAAAGCCGAACCUCACUCUUUCCUACGAAAUCCGACUACUAGCGAUGCCUUCGACUUUGCGCCGAUCGAAUCCGAGGCAAUCAAGAGCAUCUGCGCGGAUACAGAAUGGAAGGAAAACAUCGUGUUCACCUGCAACGACAGUGUGGGAGGCAUUGGCAACAUCCGCAACUCGAUCUUGAAUUGCGUUCGCUACUCCAUUUUGGCAGGAGGUUCCCUCGUGGAGCCCAAGAUCGUGCUCCGCAACGAGUCAGACACUGCAGCAAUACGCACAGGGAUAGGGGCUGAGUUCGAAUAUAUGUUUGAUCGGCAGCACUUUCGCGAGUCCCUCAUGCUCUCCUGCCCCGGGCUUCGUCUAUACGAUACAGUUGAGGAUAUCAAAGGGAAGACAUUCCACGAGCCGAUAGCACUGCACCCCGAGUCGCUCGCACCUGAUGAAAAAUUGGAACCUGAAAAAUGGAGGGGUCUAUUCUAUAACUGGCUUGGGGAACAUAUCAGUGAUAUGUUUGACAACACUGUGGUCAUCAAACUUGAGAGAUCGUACUUGUCAUAUCCUAUAUACACCGACGGCGAUGGCUUUGCGACGAGUUUUGGGAAGAUCCUCAAAUUCCGCGCUGACAUCAGCAUUCUAGCGACAAAGACUCUAUUAAAGCUUGCUGAGAGAUAUUCCUAUGAUAUCGAUCUUCUUAAACCCAUUCUUCCUAAUUUCUUCCUUGGUGUUCACCUUCGCACCGAAUAUGACUCGCAGCAGGGUUGGCCGGUUGGCGACUGGGUAUACAGCCGAUAUGAGACGCAGUCAAGACUAUAUUUGGAGCAAGCAAAUUCCUCGAGCACAUCUCAUAUCUAUGUGGCAUCUGGGGACCAAGAAGAAGUCGCGAAGUUUAAAGUUGAUGCGGCAGCAUCUAAUAUCACAGUCACGACGAAGUUUGAUUUACUGGACGAAACGGACAAAGCGACGCUAAAGAUGUUGUCUUGGGAUCAGCAGGGCAUGGUGGAUUUUCAAGUCAUGACAAAAGCAUCGGCUUUUGGAGGCAUUGGGCACUCGAGUUUUGCGUGGAAUAUCGCUUUACUUAGGCAUAAGUAUGCCGAGAGGAAGGACCACUUGAGCGGGCCCCAGCUAUUAAGUGAUGAGCUGAGCCAGAUCUAUGGGAAACCUUACCAAUACCCAGAGUACGCGAGAUGUUUAUGGCCUUAA